CGGACGGCCCCAGACUACGCCACCACAUCGCAGCCGGGCACGCACGAGGUCUACGUGGAGCUGCAGGAGCUGGUGAUGGACAGGAAGAACCAGGAGCUGCGAUGGAUGGAGGUGGCACACUGGAUGCGACUGGAGGAGAACCUGGGUGAGGACGGGGCCUGGGGCCGCCCGCACCUGUCUUACCUCACCUUCUGGAGCCUCCUGGAGCUGCAGAGAGUCUUUGCCAAGGGUACUGUCCUCCUGGACCUGCCGGAGACCUCUCUGGCCGGAGUGGCCAACCACCUGCUGGACAGGUUUAUCUUCGAGGACCAGAUCCGGCCUCAGGACCGAGAGGGGCUGCUCCGGACCCUGCUGCUCAAACACAGCCACGCCAGAGACCUAGAGGACCUCGGGGGUGUGAAGCCUGUGGUCCUGGAACGCUCUGGGGACGCAUCGCAGCCACUGCUCCUGCAACAACCCUCGCUGGAGACGCAGCUCUUCUGCCAGCAGGGAGAGGGGGGCCCUGGAGGGCACUCGCCAUCUGAAAUUCUGAAAGAGAUUCCCCAGGAUGCAGAGGCCACCCUGGUGCUCGUGGGCCGCGCCGCCUUCCUGGAGCGGCCAGUACUGGGCUUCGUGCGGCUGCAGGAGGCCACGCCGCUGGAAGAGGCCGUACAGCCGCCGGUGCCUGUUCGCUUCCUCUUUGUGUUGCUGGGACCCGAGGCGCCCCACAUUGACUACACCCAGCUCGGCCGGGCUGCUGCCACCCUCAUGUCAGAGAGGGUGUUCCGCACACAUGCCUACCUGGCCCAGAGCCGGGGGGAGCUGGUGGACUCCCUGGAGGGCUUUCUGGACAGCAGCCUGGUGCUGCCCCCCACGGACAUGCCCCCCAAGCAGGCCCUGCUGAAUCUGGUGCCCGUGCAGCAGGCGCUGCUCCGGAAGCGCUACCUACCCAGCCCUGCCAAGCCAGAUCCCGGCUUCUAUAAGGGCCUAGGGGGCCCUGAAGGCCCAGAUGACCCCCUGCAGCGGACAGGCCGGCUCUUCGGGGGCCUGGUGCGUGACAUCCGGCGCCGCUACCCCCAUUACCUGAGUGACAUCACAGACGCACUGAGCCCCCAGGUCCUGGCUGCUGUCAUCUUCAUCUACUUUGCUGCCCUGUCACCCGCCAUCACCUUCGGUGGCCUCUUGGGAGAGAAGACCAGGAACCAGAUGGGGGUGUCGGAACUGCUCAUCUCGACUGCGGUGCAGGGCAUUCUCUUCGCCAUGCUGGGGGCUCAGCCCCUGCUCGUGGUUGGCUUCUCGGGCCCCCUGCUGGUGUUCGAAGAAGCUUUCUUCUCGUUCUGCGAGAGCAACGGCCUGGAGUACAUCGUGGGCCGUGCCUGGAUUGGCUUCUGGCUCAUCCUGCUGGUGGUGCUGGUGGUGGCCUUCGAGGGCAGCUUCCUGGUCCGCUUCAUCUCCCGCUAUACCCAGGAGAUCUUUUCCAUCCUCAUCUCCCUCAUCUUCAUCUAUGAGACCUUCUCCAAGCUGAUCAAGAUUUUCCAGGACCACCCACUGCAGAGGAAAUAUAACUCCAAUGUGCCGAUGAUGCCCAAACCUCAGGGCCCCCUGCCCAACACAGCCCUCCUCUCCCUUGUGCUCAUGGCCAGCACCUUCUUCUUUGCCAUGAUGCUGCGCAAGUUCAAGAACAGCUCCUACUUCCCUGGCAAGCUGCGUCGAGUCAUUGGGGACUUCGGGGUCCCUAUCUCCAUCCUGAUCAUGGUUCUGGUGGAUUUCUUCAUUGAGCAUACCUACACCCAGAAACUCUCAGUGCCCGACGGCCUCCAGGUGUCCAACUCCUCCGCCCGGGGCUGGGUCAUCCACCCCCUGGGCUUGUUUUCUCCCUUCCCCAUCUGGAUGAUGUUCGCCUCCGCCCUGCCUGCCCUGCUGGUCUUCAUCCUCAUAUUCCUGGAGUCCCAGAUCACCACGCUGAUAAUCAGCAAACCUGAGCGCAAGCUGGUCAAGGGCUCUGGCUUCCACAUGGACCUGCUGCUGGUUGUGGGCAUGGGCGGGGUGGCCGCCCUCUUUGGGAUGCCCUGGCUCAGCGCCACCACGGUGCGUACUGUCACCCACGCCAACGCCCUUACCGUCAUGGGCAAGGGCAGCACCCCAGGGGCUGCAGCCCAGAUCCAGGAGGUCAAGGAGCAACGGAUCAGCGGGCUCCUGGUCUCUGUGCUUGUGGGCCUGUCCAUCCUCAUGGAGCCCAUCCUGUCGCGCAUACCCCUGGCUGUGCUGUUUGGCAUCUUCCUCUACAUGGGUGUCACAUCCCUCAGCGGCAUCCAGCUCUUUGACCGCAUCUUGCUUCUGCUCAAGCCAUCCAAGUACCACCCAGAUGUGCCCUACGUCAAGCGGGUGGAGACCUGGCGCAUGCACCUGUUCACGGGCAUCCAGAUCAUCUGCCUGGCGGUGCUGUGGGCCGUGAAGUCCACACCCGCUUCGCUUGCCCUGCCCUUCGCCAUCAUCCUCACUGUGCCCCUGCGACGCUUCCUGCUGCCACUUAUCUUCAAGAAUCUGGAGCUGCAGUGUCUGGACGCAGAUGAUGUCAAGGUGACCUUUGACGAGGAGGAAGGUCUGGAUGAAUAUGACCAAGUGCCUAUGCCCGUGUGA